AUGGCGACCCAAGCAGCUGAAGUGCUCGUCGAAGCGGCAUCAGCCCGUGAGGAAGUCACGAAACCCGACGAUCUUUCUCUGAUAGCACUCAAUGUCCGUCGCUGCCUGCGAGAUUUCCAAGCAGUGUGCAACAAGCUUUCAAGCGCCCAAUCAAGCAUCAAGACCAAGCUCCCGCUAGCUCUGCUGAAGGAUAUCUUUGGUGGAUUCAGGUUAUGGUCGUCGAAUGUAGGUGCGCAUCGUGUGGGAAGAGGGUCUCUCGGCUACAAGCUUCGUGACGCAUCUCACAUACGUGACCAAGUCAUUCAGCUUGUCCAGAGUAUGGAGGCUGUCUUGAACGAGGUGUCGGACAUAGUGACUGGCCAGCGGCCAUCCUGGGAGGACAUGUCUGAUUCGGAGUCAGAUACGGAGGAAGAUAGUGCCAAUGGCCUUCAAAAGCCGGAUACAACGGAGCUUGCCCAACUUGCAGCUGAACUGAAAGAGACGAAUGCCUGCCUCAUGCGGCUGUCAGUCGCCAUUCGAAAUCCAGCUCCGCAUGAUCAAUUCAAAGAAUCCGCGCACAUAGAUACGGCUUAUUACGAACCGUUCGACAUCGCUCAUGUCCGUGGAAAAUUUCCCAAGGCGCCAGAAUAUCUCACGGCCCGGCUGGGCAAAGCCAUCUCGCGUCGCCGACAAUACCUACGUUACCGCGAUGAUCACUCGAAGAAGUACAAGCAAGGCCUAACAAGAAGAGGCACGCUUCCAGACAUGGGAGCGCAUCGUGAAGUGGAGAGUACAGUAGCAUCUUCCUUGCCACCAGCUGUGAAGGCUAGCGUCAAUAUUGCCGAUCUUGAAGAGGAGGACGAAUACGAUGAAACGCAGUCUGUCACUUCUUAUGCAUCCUCGGGCGAUCCGGAGAAGUUACGUCCACCGCCCUUGCCGAUGGCAGGCCGUGACGGCAAGUCUUUUGUAUGCAAACUCUGCUUCCGCUACACUGCAGUUCGAAAUGUCAGAGCAUGGAAGAAGCAUGUCUACGAAGACCUGCAACCAUAUGUGAGUUGCUCCUGA